AUGCGACUCACAGUAUCUAUCGUCUUAUGCCUCUCAUCCUCUAUCUGCCAACUGGCAGAAAGCACACGGGGAGUGAACAUUUCUCCCGAGGAAGGCCGCGCUCUUCAGUCCGCUGCCCGUUUCAGGUUGCCAACCGAGGCCUCCCUCCCAGCACCCGUACCGGCGAAAGCCCAGGAUGAGUUUUUCCUCACUCACCAAGGAGGUUUGAGGCGUCGACCAAAGUACGGCCACAGGAAAGGAUUAGAAAAUUUGGAAGAUGCAGAUGCAAUCACGCUCGCUGAGGGUCAGGCCGGAUCCAGCGCCUUCAAAUCCAAGUCGGCUGCCAGAUCCAUUUGGCAAGGAUGCGCUCCCUUGGGAAAUAUGCUGGGUCUUCUGAGUCGACGCAAGUACCACAAGUUGAAAGGAUUAGAAAAUUUGGAAGGUGCAGAUGCGAGCACGCUCGCUGAGAGGAAUGCCGGAUCCAACGCUUUCGAAGUCAAGGCGGCUGCCAGUUCCUCGGGGUCAGCAGAGGCUUCCUCCACGGCCAACCCAGCAGCGGGAACUAAGGGGGGACUUUGCCAAGAUCUCAGAGGAGGGGUGAACAACUUCAGCGGAGGGACUAGUGUUGAAUCCGAAUCAACACUUCUCCGCGGUCAGAAAAGAUGGGAAAACGAACUCAACUAUCCGUUCAAAUGGCUUAAUCUGGAAACAGAGGCAGAUGAUCUGAAAGCGUUUCGGAAAAUCAUCACUGAAAAUUCUCAGAUUAACCACGCAUUGGGACCAUACUCCAGGGCCCCAUUCACAUUCAUAAGCAACGAGGCUCUCGAGACCCUAACUGGGAACUUCCUUAUUGGAUCGGAUCAUGAGAGGGUGGCAGUCCUGGCUGUCUUUUUUCAUUUGUUCAAGGACCAUCGGGACGAGCCGUCUGUUCGCAGAUAUUUUUGGAAGCUUCGGCAGCAUCUCCAACCGCACGACGAAAAAAAUUUCCAGUACGCACAUUCAGAAUACCCAGUUUUUUGA